GGUGAUCAUCUCUCGUCCCCAAGUUCUCGCAGCCAUGGCGGACGACUGGGUGUCCCUCGUCCUAGUGGCGCUCGUGCUGGCGCUUUCGGCAUGGAUGUUGUCGCGGUCACAGCAUGCCAAUCAGCCGAAUGGAAUGCAGGGCGCGUUCAACAGACAAACGCCUGUGGAUCCGUCGGCAACGGCGCGUGCAGGACAUUGUAAGUUGAUUCAAUCCGACACGCUGACGCCCGCACAGAAGAAAAUGCAUGUUCAUUUACCCCUCAGAGCGGGCGUACGACCGAUUACCAUGUCAGGAAAUCUACUUCUUGACCACGCCUCUCCUCCUGCUUUCAAUGAAGCCGCCGUUGCAACCGUGGUCGACUUGAUUGCAGUCUCGGACGUGUUCUUGUUGUUCCGCGUCCAGAACGAAGAACACAAGCGCGACAUUCUCCAAGCCAUAGGUCAAAUUCCACAGUUUGCAUGGAACCCGACGACGCAGAUGGGCUUACAGGUCCACAAGAUCCUCUUCUGCUCAUCGUCCGCCGGAAAUAUUGCACUCGUCCGACAAAUUGAGCCCGUCGUGCAUAUUGAAGGCAAGCAAGAUGUCACUGUCGGUCUUCGCCCUUUCCUUCCCUCCAUUGUGUUUCUGUCUCCGAUCUAUGAGCUGCCUGCCCAGACCUCGUCGACUGGACGCGACUCCGUCGAAUGGCAUCAGUCGUUAGACGCAUAUUACCUGACUUUAACGGCAUAACACUGCUGUACUACUCCUCACACGAGACCUCACGUGUCAUCGG